AUGGACGGUACUGUUUCGCCUCGGACCGACCUCCACCCUUCCCCCGAGAGCAACGGCGGACUUGAGUCGCAGGACCGCCCUACCUCGCGACUCUUGGCUAAGUCCGACGACAUAUUUGACCGCCGCCCCAAGUCCUCGUCCGGCAUUCACAACCUGUCCGUCAACGUCACCAAGGCCUCUCGCUAUGAACUUGAGUCGAACCUCCCCUCUACUGCUAUCCCAUCACUAGGUGGCUCUGGUACCUCGGAUGUUCCCGUGACCUCUGUUGUUAUUUCACCAGCAGAACCCUCGACCGUGGCGUCGCCCAAGACCGCCAUUUUCUCGACUGCGGACUCCAAUCAACUCAAACCGGAGGCGCAACAGCAGGCGCAACAGCAGCGCGAAGCUUAUCAAGCAGCCGCCUCGCUUGAGCUUGUUCCCCGCCAAACUAUCCUGAAGGCCCUCGCAUUUACAAACUCUUCCGUCUCUCGUCCCAGGAAACCAGAGGCACUUUCAUUCAACAACAUGUUAUUCCCUCAGGCCAACGGCGGCUCCUCGUCCGCCGCCGCCAGUCCCCAGCAGCUCGCAGAUGCGCUCCAAGAUCUGGCCAAGAAGCGAUCUACACCAACCACAGCAAUCAGCAACCUGCUAUCGCCAUGCUUCUACCACCAGCGAUUUGAUGAUGCUGUCGACAUCGAUAAGGUCCUCGAGGAGAUUAAGAACGACGAGUCCAUGUCACAUUCGCGCUUAGUCCAGACUGCGACCAGCGUGCGCGAAGUCUCCAAGCAACUUCAGCGACGCCCCAUCAAGCAAGCAGUGCGCAAUAUCAUGAUUGUCACCAAGGCUCGGGAUAAUCAGCUUGUUUACCUCACACGGGAGCUGACAACGUGGCUCUUGCAAACCCCUCGUUAUGGAUCGGAUGUUGGAGUCAAUGUCUACGUCGAUGCCAAGCUACGCAACUCAAAGCGCUUUAAUGCGGCAAGCAUCGUCGCUGGAGAUGCGCGAUUUGAAAACAUGCUUAAAUAUUGGACCCCAGAUCUGUGCUGGAGCCAGCCUGAGAAGUUUGAUCUUGUUCUCACCCUGGGAGGCGACGGCACGGUCUUGUUCACGUCAUGGCUCUUCCAGCGCGUGGUGCCCCCUGUCCUCUCAUUCAGCUUGGGAAGUCUUGGCUUCAUGACCACUUUCGAGUUUGAACACUAUAAAAAGCAUCUGAACCGAGUCAUGGGCGAUGAUGGUAUGAAGAUUAAUCUGCGCAUGCGAUUCACCUGCACCGUUUAUAGACAAGGAUCCAACGGCAACCCCAUGGACGAAGGAGAGCAAUUCGAGGUCCUCAACGAACUUGUCAUUGACCGUGGCCCAUCUCCUUACGUCUCCAACCUUGAGCUCUACGGAGAUGAUGAGCUCCUGACUGUGGUCCAGGCCGACGGCUGCAUCUUCUCCACACCUACCGGCUCGACAGCCUACUCUCUUUCAGCGGGUGGCUCUCUCGUCCACCCUGACAUUCCCGCCAUUCUCCUGACUCCCAUCUGCCCUCACACUCUCUCAUUCCGACCCAUGGUCCUCUCCGACACCAUGGCACUCCGUAUUGCUGUGCCACGCAACUCUCGAGCCACCGCCUACUGUGCUUUUGACGGCAAGGGCCGAGUCGAGCUCAAGCAAGGCGACCAUGUUACCAUCACUGCAUCGCAGUAUCCCUUCCCUACCGUCACUCGAACCGACACUGAGUGGUUCGACAGCGUUAGCCGCACCCUGCGAUGGAACGUUCGUGCCGCCGCUCAGAAGCCGUUCGAUGCGUCUGGCAUUUCACCCUCUGGCGAAGAGGAAAACGAUGACAGCUGGGAUAUCGACACUGACAGUGCUUAUUAUGCCAGCGAAGAGGGCAGCACCGCCGCCAGCCCUAUCAGGAGACAGAUGAGCAUGCUAGGCAUGUAA